AUGCCGUCAACACACAAGAAGGAUAAGCCGUGGGACACGGACGAUAUAGACAAGUGGAAGGUCGAAGAGUUCAAGCCGGAACACAAUCUCGGCGGCACAUUCGCAGAAGAAUCGUCUUUCGCGUGUCUAUUCCCGAAAUAUCGAGAACUAUAUCUGAAGCAAGCUUGGCCUUUGGUCACAAAGGCGUUGGAAAAGAGGGGAAUCGCAUGUACACUCGACUUGGUCGAAGGUCGUAUGGAAGUCCGGACCACCAGAAAAACUUUUGAUCCAGCUGCAAUCCUCGACGCUCGAGACUUAAUCAAGCUGCUGGCUCGAAGCGUGCCUGCUCCACAAGCCAUUAAGAUUCUCCAGGAUGACAUGGCUUGCGACGUCAUGAAAAGCAGAAGUCUGGUCCGGAACAAGGAGCGAUUCGUCAAACGCCGGCAGCGUCUUCUCGGGCCUAAUGGCUCUACCUUGAAAGCCCUCGAACUUCUCACUAAUACUUACAUCCUCGUCCAAGGAAACACAGUCAGUGCUAUGGGCGGCUAUAAAGGUCUAAAAGAAGUGAGGAGGGUUGUUGUAGACUGCAUGAACAACAUCCAUCCUAUCUACCAUGUCAAAGAACUCAUGAUCAAGCGGGAGCUUGCAAAAGACCCUGCUCUGAAGAAUGAAAGCUGGGAUAGGUUCCUCCCCAACUUUAAGAAGAAGACUCUGAGCAAAAGACGCGUUCCCCACAGGGUUGUCGACAAGUCCAAGAAGAUAUACACGCCGUUCCCACCGCCGCAGGAGAAGAGCAAGAUUGAUUUGCAGAUCGAAAGUGGUGAAUAUUUUCUUGCUAAGCAGGCCAAAGAGCGGGCCUUAGAACAAGAACGGCACGAAAAGCAGAAACAAAAGACGGAAGAAAAGCAACGGCAGCGAGAACAAGCAUUCAUUGCCCCGAAGGAAGAUACGGGGCGGAAAAAGAUAAAGAGGAAGGGUAUGGACGAGAACGACGGCCCCAAACCAAAGAAGUCCAAGAAGACAGUGGACGGGUGA